UAGGCCAGAUCUCUCCCCUAGCUGCGGGAAGAGGAGAACCGAUGCAGCUGAGUCACUCCUGUGUAUAAAGCAAGCACCAGGCAAUCAGAGCAGUGCGGACCCCAGCAGGCGGCCUGGACAGCAAAAGAAUGUUUUCCCUCCUGCUCGCUCUCUCUCUGCUGGCGUGGGAGGCGGUGGCCGGCCUGACAGACAGUGCAGUUCCAGCUGCGUUGGGGGAUUUCACAGCUCUUUUCCAGUUGACCCAGCAAGACCCCUGGGAAAACGACAUUAAUCUUACCAGCAUGUCCUGUGAGGAUCUGGGGAACAAGACAUGGACCCAUUUGCGACUGAACAACAGCAGCCUGCAAGCCUUCCCUGCCUGCCUGCCUGGGGGACUGGAGGCCUUAGAUCUCAGCACCAACCAGUUGCCUUCGCUGAGUGGCAUGGAGAUAGCGAACUUCUCAAAGCUGCGCGCCCUCUCCUUGAGGCACAACCACAUCCAAGAAAUUGCGUGGGGAACCAGAGCCCUUGGUAGCCUCCAGUUCCUGGACCUAAGCGCUAAUAAAUUGUCCUCUCUGCCAUUAUGCCAGACAGCCCACCUGCCAAACCUGAAGUGGCUGUCGCUGGCCGGAAACCCCAUCACUGAACUCCAGCCUCUGGCUUUCUCCUGUUAUCCACAGCUACAGUUCCUGAACUUGUCUGCCACUCUGCUAGGGCAUGAGAAUGGCGGAGGGAUUAGCGCGUCAGCCUUUGCCAUGAAUGUGUUGCAGGGAGACACCGGGAACAGAGCUAGGAGCACCAUUGACGUGCUUGACCUGAGUGGGACCUUUCUCGAGACAAUUCAGCAGGAGUGGGCCCAGGACUUGGUCAGCCUUAGGUCGCUCCACCUUGCAAAGAUGGCCCAGCUGAGGAGCUUCGAUAUGGAUCUAUUCAAGUCACUGCCCAGGCUGAGAGAACUGAAUUGCCAGGACUCCCGUGCGCUGAGCGGGGUGAGGACAGAGCUAUUUGAUGAUGCUCCUCACCUGACCUUUCUCACCUUCCAGAACUGUAACCUGAGUUCCUUUAAUCCUUGGAAUAUCAACUCAUCAGCUAGCAUCAGCAUCAACCUGUAUGGAAAUCCUUUAGAGUGCAACUGUGGACUUUCCUGGCUACUUUCUGAUCCGGAGAGAGUUGUACUGCAAAGGGCAUCUGACACCAUUUGCAACACAGCCUCAGAAGACAGAGAGAAGCCUUCAUCCUCAUCGUCUCUUUCACUGUUACAACUCUAUGAUGAAUGCCAGGCCAAGAGAAAUACCACAUUCCCCACAUCAAACACUCCCCCUUUCACAGAAGACUCUUCCAACCUUCCCAUUAUUGAUUCCACUACUGUGGCAGCAAUGAUGGACUCUAUUCUAUUUGCUGAAGAACUUUACAGCGACUCCUUGGUGUCACGAAACAUGGUAAGUAUGACGCAAACAGCUCAGAUGAAGAAUGAUCCUACAAGUGUGGACCUUUUUUCCAAAUCUACUACUGAUCCCACUUCUGAAGGAACAACAGCCACCUCUUCAACAAUUCUGGGAGAGCUUUAUAGCAACUCCUUAACUCAGCAAAGCACUGUGAGUACAAUCAAAACAGAUCCAUUGAAGAGAAAUGCUACAACAACCACCGCUUUGUUUCCUCAAGAGGAAACAUUCUACCUGUCUACUAAUAACCCUUCCACUGAAGCGACAAGACCAAUAGGGACAAACUCUCCUCUUUCUCCUGGCACAAUAAGUCCAUCUCAGACAGAUCAACGGCUGCAAAACCCCACAAAGUCAAACCUUAUUCCAAAUCCUUCCCAUGCUGUAAUAAAAGUGGAUUAUGAAGAUGACUAUUACGACGAUCAACCAAAGGAAAGCAUAACUCAACUGAUAAUAGUCUCUUGUGACUACGACCCCUGCCACCACCUCCAGAAGCCAUGCUCUGAACUUCAGAGGUUGUCCCCAUGUCUGUGUCCUGGAGUGUCUGGGGAAGACACUGUUCCAGAUCCACCGAGGCUCAGAGAAGUGUCUGAAACGACAGACACAUCAGCACAGAUCCACUGGUGUGCCCCCAGUUCAGUCGUUCAGACUUAUCAGCUUGCAUACCAUGCCAAAGGCAGGGAGAAGAGCCAGAUCCUGGUUGAUGAGAUCUAUCCCACAGCAAGGCAGCAUACACUAUACAAACUUUCACCAGACACCACCUAUUGGGUGUGCGUGAUUGCUUCUAACAAAGCAGGAUUAAGCCAGACGACAAGUGAGAAGAUUUUGGGCAAUCCAUGCACCCAGUUUACAACAAAACCCAGCUAUAAAUCCAUCUUUGUGGUCUUGUCCCUAGCAAGUGGGGUCUUCCUAAUCACCACCAUUGUAUUGUCUGUGUGUCUGUAUCAAAAAUGUAAAAAGCCUCACGCUGAGCAAUACAGCACACACCUCAUCUCUUAUAAAAACCCAGCGUUUGAUUACCCCUUAAAACUGCAGCCACGUAAUUAGCUCCAGGUAGUUUGGUCAACAUAUUUUGCAGUAAAACAUCUUAUAGCAACACAUUUAAGUGGAAUCCAGCUGCUCACUUGGUUAUAAGUUCCUCACAGGACUGACUUCAUCUCUGUUGUAAUUCUAAAGAAAUUACACCAGGGGCAUCUGUGGCUCCAAAUGCUUAGUUUUGUUACAACAGGACAUCACCUGGCCUGUUUCUGAGAUCUCUAUUCUCCAUUUCCAAAGAUCUGUGUUCAGGGUGAAGUUUCUCUUUUUAUUAUAAUGUAUAAUAAUUUUCAGGCAGCUGAUGGGGAGGUCCUAAUGAUGAUGAUUUUA